UAGAUUUACACAGUUAUAUCUAUACUUAAGAUGUACCUUACAGUUUGCUUUAAAAUAUUUAACUAUGUAGUCAGGUACUUUGAUGUAUUUAGGGUUAUUUUGUAGUUUAGAAUUUAGAAUUUUAAAGUGUUACAUGUGGGAAGUGCUCAAGCUAGUAUCGCUUGACGAAGACACUCCCAUUGUUACCUGAAAUCUCCGGAAAUACCUUCCUUGUAUCACUGGUAGACGAAACAAUCUUCAGUCUCUCCGCAAGACGAAAUGUACCUCAUUUUACUUCUCUUGAUUUAGUGUUUGAGACUUACACGUUUUGGUUUGUUCGAUAGUUUUUAUUUUAGGACGCAUUCGUUUAUAAUUUGUUGCAGCGUGCACUUGUUAUGGGCGUGUUGUUGUUUUUCACACCUGUUUGAUUUCAUCUGACAAUAACAAGCCUGUUUUUUUUCUUACAUUAUACAAUUAUACGUCUUAUUUUGUCAGCAGAAGUGAGAAGAAAAGUCAGUUGAUAUUUAUUCUCCUGGUGGUCUCUCAGACAUGGACCCUAUGGAUCGAGGAAUGCGCUACACUCCCGGUUCUUCGGACAAGGAAUGGGAACAAGCUGUGACGUUCUUGCCGGCAUCAGAUAACAAAAAGCUGGAGAAGAAGAGGGGCCCUGGGAAAGUUGGGUUCGUUGUUGGUCUGGUGAUCCUGGCAGCCGUUUUGGCUUUGAUCAUAGGACUUCUGGUCUGGCAUUUCCACUUCCGCAAGGAUUUGAAGAUGCAGAUGAUUUACACCGGCACGCUUAGGAUAAAAAAUGAAGUUUUUGUGGAUGCGUAUGAAAAAUCAGAGAGUGCAGAGUUUCAAGAGUUGGCAAACAAAGUCAGGACUCAGCUACAAUCAAUGUACUCAGAAGAUACACUCCUGUCAAAAUAUUACGUUGAUUCCAAAGUUCAAGCCUUCAGUGAGGGAAGCGUAAUAGCUUACUACGAGUCAGAGUUUGCCGUUCCAGUGGGACAGAAAGCAGCAGUGGAUCAGGCUGUGGCCAAAUUAAAUGAAAUUUACAGCUCAAAAAUUCGCAGAGUUGUGGAAAAACAAGGUCCCCUGGUCUUUGAUUACGUUGUGUCUUCAGCUCUGGACACACGUCUGAUCUCAAAAGCCGGGAUGAAUAAAAGAUUCGCCUCACACACCAGGAGUUCUGCUGAAGAGAUCAUUACAUCACCUGGUUUCCCUGACACUCCUUAUGCUGCAAACUCCCUUGUGCAGUGGCAGCUUCGAGGAGACCUAGGUCAUGUGCUGAAGUUGUCUUUUGACACCUUCAACCUGGAAGAAAACUGUGCGAAUGACUUUGUGAGAGUGUAUGACUCGUUGGUCUCCAUGGACAAAUAUCUUAUGGCGGAGAAGUGUGGCUUUUAUUCUCCCAGUAAUCCCUUAACCUUCAUCUCGUCUCGGAAUGUUCUGUUGGUGACCUUUGUAACCAACGAAGUAGGGAAUUAUCCUGGUUUCAGAGCCCGCGUCACUCAGAUCAAUGAUUUUGCAUGUGGUGGUAAAUUGACUGGAUCCUCUGGUAGUUUUACAUCACCCAACUUCCCCAGUUAUUACCCACCUAGCACCACAUGUCGGUGGGACAUCGAGGUUCCUGAUGGUAAAUACAUCAAGUUGAAGUUCCCCAAGUUCAUGGUUUCUACAGGGAGUCAAAAUUCUUGCCCAGGAGAUUAUGUGCAGAUUGUUGGUAAAAGCACAUUGUGUGGGCAGCAGCCUGCUAAUACCAUGGUUACGGUCAACAGUAACAAGGUGACGGUUGAGUUUAGAUCAGAUUCAUCACAAGUAGAUCGAGGUUUUAAUGCCACUUUUGAAGUCUUUGAGCCCACUGACCCCUGCCCGGAAAAGUUCCAGUGUGACAACAGACGGUGUGUAGACCCAGCCUUGCGCUGUGACGGCUGGAACGAUUGUGGUGACAGCACCGAUGAGAGGAACUGCAAUUGUAAUGCCAGCAUGAUCCAGUGCAGAAACGGGUUCUGUAAGCCGAUGUUCUGGCGGUGUGAUGGCGUAAAUGACUGUGGAGAUGACACAGAUGAACUUGGCUGUGGAUGCAGUGUUGGACAAUUUAAAUGCAACAAUGGUCAGUGUAUCUCAGAGAAGCAGAAGUGUGAUGGGAAUAACGACUGUAAAGAUAGCUCAGAUGAAGAAGGCUGUUCAAGAGAUGGUUGUAAAGUCUCAACGUUUGAGUGCGGUAACGGCAGAUGCAUCAACAAAGAGAACCCUGAGUGUGAUGGACAUGAUGACUGUGGCGACGGCUCAGAUGAGUCCAACUGCAACUGUGGCAGGAAGGCUUACACAAAGUCUCGAAUUGUGGGUGGGCAGGAAGCAGAUGUGGGCGAGUUCCCAUGGCAGGUCAGCCUUCACAUUAAAAACAAUGCACAUGUUUGCGGUGCAUCAAUCAUCAGUGAGCGAUGGCUUGUGACAGCUGCCCACUGCGUACAGGACGACGGCAGAAUCAGAUACUCUCAGCCAGGCACAUGGGAAGCAUUCUUAGGUCUCCACACACAAAAAGAUAAACAGAGGGCAACGAGGAGACAACUGAAACAAAUCAUUUCUCACCCGUCCUUCAAUGCCUACACCUUUGACAAUGACAUUGCUCUGAUGGAGCUGGACUCACCCGUGACCUACAGCGAGACCAUUCGACCCAUUUGCUUGCCUACUUCCAAAACCGUCUUUCCCGCUGGUGAAACUGUCAGCAUCUCCGGCUGGGGUGCCACUAGAGAAGGCGGCACUGGAGCGACUGUGCUGCAGAAAGCAAAUGUUCGCAUCAUCAACAGCACGGUCUGUGACCAACUCAUGAAUGGUCAGAUCACAUCUCGCAUGACGUGUGCUGGCAUUGAGAAAGGAGGAGUGGAUGCUUGCCAGGGUGAUUCUGGUGGUCCUAUGUCGUAUAUAGGAACUGACCGUACGUACCUGGCGGGAGUGGUGAGCUGGGGUGAUGGUUGCGCUCGCAGAUACAAGCCAGGCGUCUACACAAACGUGCCAAAAUUCCGGGGCUGGAUCAAGGAGAAGACAGGAGUAUAAGUUGCUCUAAGAUUAUAAUGAACUGUGAGAAGUUUUAUGAACUGUUUUGUUUUCUCAAGUCGCAGAUGUUUUAAUAACACAUAUGGAAUAACCCAGCAUAGCCUGGUUGAUGAGAGGGAUGGACUUUGAAAUGUUUUUCGCAUUUGUUUAACAGUUGUUUUAUACAUGUGUAUAUUUUAUGAGAAGAGCGGUAUGAGGGUUUUCUGUCUUAAGAUGUGUAAAUAAAUGUCUUAUUUUCUCCUUUUAAAGGUUUUGUGGUUUUUAGCUUUUCUUUUAUGAAUGUGAAUGAUUUGGUUUUGUUUUGGUCUGUACCUUCAGUUUUCAUUGGUUCAAGGAGUGUGUAUUUCUAGAGUCACACUCUUAUACUUAAAUGUGAACUACUUCGGUCUUUUCAUCACUUUUGUGCAAAAUGUAUGUAUGUAAUGUACUGUGAUGUGACUGUAAACAAAGCUCGACUUACACAUGGAAACACUUGAAAGAGUAUCUGGAGUGCUGUAAAUUUGAUUCAGGGAUUACAUUUAACACUUUAAAAAUGCAUUUAGAAACAAAUGAAAUCAUCCACUAUGAUUUAACAAUUUAGCAACCUUUUACAAAUAAAAUGUGUAUCUGGUUAAUACAGUGUGAAAUGUGUGCAAUACUUUAUUAAAAGAGUCCAACACUCAA